AUGGUUGCCUUUGGGAAAAAAUUGAAAGAACUACAAAUUCAGGAGUGGCAAGGCUACUAUAUUAACUACAAGUUAAUGAAGAAGAAAGUGAAACAAUAUGUUCGGCAAAUUGAAGUUUCAGCUCAAGAUCGCGAUUUUGUUCUAAUGGAUUUCUCAAGAAUUUUGGAUAAGCAGAUCGAAAAGAUUGUCCUAUUUCUGCUAGAACAACAAGGGCAACUUGCAAGCAGGCUGGCCUAUCUUGGGGAACAGCAUAAUGGUCUAAUUCAGCAAGCAGACGUUGUGAAGAUACCUGAACUGCAGGAAUCAUAUAGAAAUGUGGGGCAGGAUAUGUUAAGGCUUCUCUUUUUUUUAGAGUUAAAUGCCAUUGGACUACGUAAAAUAUUGAAGAAGUUUGACAAGAGAUUUGGUUAUAAGUUCACUAAUUACUAUGUCAAGACACGAGCAAAUCAUCCUUAUUCCCAGCUGAGACAAGUGUUUAAGCAUGUGGGAAUUUCAGCUGUUGUUGGAACUUUAUCUCGCAAUCUCUCUGAUCUCCACAAUGAUCAAGAGACCUUCAUUUCAAUUUAUGAUCAGCCUGCACUGCCUCUCCAGGAUCCUGUCAUGGAGUCUGUCAAAGUUGCAGUGGACCGGUUAACAAAUUCAACGGACUUCCUCCAGUACUUGGGAAAACAUGCACUUAUUCUGCAAGAGGAAUUACCAACUCCUUCAGAAGAGCACGCAGUUGAUGACAGAUAUCAUUUUAUGUCUCUUCUUCUGAACUUGGCAAAUACAUUUUUAUACAUGGUGAAUUCAUAUAUAAUUGUCCCAACAGCAGACAGCUAUUCAUUAAGUCUUGGAGCUGCAGCAACUGUUUGUGGGGUUGUAAUUGGGUCGAUGGCUGUUGCUCAGGUGUUCUCUUCAGUUUAUUUUAGUGCAUGGUCAAAUAAAUCAUACAUGAAACCUCUAGUAUUCAGCAGCAUUGUUCUUCUUGUUGGAAACACUUUAUACGCCUUGGCUUAUGAUCUCAACUCAAUAUAUGUGCUUCUAAUUGGUCGUCUAUUUUGUGGAUUGGGCUCUGCUAGGGCUGUUAAUCGACGUUACAUCAGUGAUUGUGUUCCGCUUAAGAUGCGAAUGAAGGCUUCUGCUGGUUUUGUUAGUGCUAGUGCACUUGGAAUAGCUUGUGGUCCUGCUCUUUCCUGCUUGCUUCAAUCUAAUUUUAAGAUCUUCAGACUUUCAUUCAAUGAAGAUACUUUACCAGGAUGGGUUAUGGCUCUGGCAUGGCUUAUCUAUCUGCUGUGGUUGUGGAUAUCAUUUAGAGAACCUUUGCACGACGAGGAAGUGAAUAUUGGGCAACGGAAAACAAAUUCGGGAGUGGAUGCGGGGUGCGUGCAGAAUGAUGUCAUCCAACCACUGCUUUCACCCGCGAAAGAAGAGCCGGAAGAAGAAGAUGAUAAUGAAGAUGAAGACGAAGACCAAGACCAAGAAUUUGACAUUAGCAAAGAAAAUUCCACGGAAAUCCAGAAACCAGUCACUUCAAUUGUGACUGCGUACAAGUUGCUUACACCCUCUGUAAAGGUACAACUACUUGUAUACUUUAUGCUCAAAUAUGCUAUGGAAGUUUUACUUGCCGAAUCAAGUGUUGUCACUGCCCAUUACUUCAUAUGGUCAACCAGCAAUGUGGCCAUUUUUCUGGCAUGUCUUGGCCUGACAGUGCUUCCAGUGAACAUUCUUGUAGGAAGCUACCUCAGCAACAUGUUUGAGGAAAGGCAAGUUUUACUGGCAUCAGAAGUUAUGGUAUGUAUGGGAAUAGUUCUGAGCUUCCAGCUGAUAAUCCCUUAUUCUGUCCCACAAUAUGUCUGUUCAGCUUUAAUCACAUUCGUAUCUGCUGAAGUUCUUGAAGGCGUAAACCUUUCACUUCUAUCCCGAGUAAUGUCAUCGCGGCUUUCAAAGGGGACAUAUAAUGGUGGAUUACUUUCAACAGAAGCCGGGACUCUGGCUCGAGUAAUUGCAGAUGCUACAAUAACCAUAGCUGGAUACUGGGUUUUUGUUAUGAUGGAUUCGAACCAGGAAUUGCCUGAAGGGACAGUGCAGAACGUGCUGGAUCAGGAUACCCUCAAGUGGGUUUUCGUGGGUGGCAAAGGCGGCGUGGGCAAGACGACGUGCAGCUCCAUUCUUGCAAUUCUACUCGCGCGGGUGCGACCCUCCGUGCUUAUCAUCUCCACUGACCCUGCUCACAAUCUCAGCGAUGCGUUCCAGCAGAGGUUCACCAAGGCUCCUACACUUGUCAAUGGCUUCUCCAACUUGUACGCUAUGGAAGUUGAUCCUAAUGUGGAAAAUGAAGACACAUUGGGUUCAGAUAAUAUGGAUGGUUUUCUAUCCGACUUAGCAAAUGCUAUUCCUGGAAUUGAUGAAGCUAUGAGUUUUGCAGAAAUGUUGAAGCUAGUGCAAACAAUGGAUUAUUCUGUGAUAGUAUUUGAUACAGCUCCAACUGGACAUACUCUCCGUCUGUUACAAUUCCCUUCAACAUUAGAGAAGGGGCUUGACAAAAUGAUGAGUUUGAAGAGUAAAUUUGGGGGCUUGUUGAGUCAGAUGACUCGUCUAGUUGGUGGUGGUGAUGAAUUUGCUGAGGACGCGAUGUUUGGAAAGCUUGAAGGCAUGAAAGAUGUGAUUGAACAAGUGAACAAGCAGUUUAAGGAUCCAGAUUUGACAACAUUUGUCUGUGUAUGCAUUCCGGAAUUCCUCUCACUAUAUGAAACUGAAAGACUUGUUCAGGAACUGACCAAAUUUGAGAUAGAUACACACAAUAUCAUUAUUAAUCAAGUAAUUUUUGAUGAAGAAGCUGUUGUAUCAAAGUUGCUCAAAGCUAGAAUGCACAUGCAACAAAAAUACUUGGACCAAUUCUACAUGCUGUAUGAUGAUUUUCACAUAACUAAGUUGCCGUUGCUGCCUCAAGAGGUUUGUGGGGUCGAUGCUUUGAAAGCAUUUUCAGGCAAUUUCUUAUCACCAUAUCAACCAUCCAUUGUUCGAGGAACUGUAGAGGAGUUGGAGCAGAGAGUAUCAAUACUUAAAGAAGAGCUGAAGAAUGCUGAAGCUGAACUAGAAAGACUGGGAAAAGGAAAACAAAAGAUAUGA